AUGACGCUGGACAGCUUGGCGGCGGUCCUGCCGAAGGCGGCGGAGCCCAUCGUGCUGCCGGUGCCCCCGGGCGCUGUCAAGGUCCUGCCGCGCUGGGCAGAAGAGGACGAGGUGUCCAAGUGGCGGCUUAAGUACCGGGCCGGCGCCGCGCCCGAGGAGAGCGAGGGCUGGGUGGAGCUGGAGCUGCGGCACUUCACCCGGGAGCUGCCGCUGUCGAACCUGGACUGGGGCUUGGAGCACCUCUUCCAGGUGGCAAUUGAGACGCCGGACGGGUGGUCGGACUGGAGCCCGCCGGUGCACUGCCAGCCCCCCUGCCCACAGGCGCCGGGCAAGCCGGCGGCGGUGCUGCCGGUGGUGGUGUCCUCUGAAGCGGUGAGGUUGCAAUGGACGCCUCCGCUGGACGUGGCGACGGCAGUGUCCGAGUUGCAGGUGACCCGGUACAAGAUCCUGGUGAACUGGAUGGCAGAUGAGGCGAUGUGCCGAGAGAGAUCUUGGUGGAGGACAGCGACUCUCACCUGGUCACAGGCCUCGAGAGCUUGA